AUGGCCGAGGAUUUUUUAAACGUAACGGAAGAAUGUAAGAAACUCCGAGAAGUUAAUAUAAAAUUAGAAUUAGAAUUAAAGGAAACGCGCGAACUCGAAAAAUCACAUCGAUAUCACUUGCAAGCAUCUCGCGAAAUGAUGGAAAAUCUACAGGAAACUGUAACACAGCUGGUUUAUCUAAAACGUGACGUAAAAAAAAUAAAAGAUGAGAUGGUUUCGAAGGAAAUGACCUUAGCGUCUAUGCAAAAGGACAAAGAAAACUUACAACAAAAGUACGAUGACACUAUUAAAGAAUUAAGAGGCGGUCAUGAGAAACACAUCGAGGAAUUAAUAUCAAUCAACGACAAGAAACUUCAAAAGGUUCAAUACGAGUCAGACACUCAAAUCGCACAAUUCACUUGUGUCAUAGAAGAAUUGCGUGAUAAAUUGAAAGAAGUUGAACAAGAACAUAAAGACAAGAUGAAUAUAGUAGUACUGGAAUAUGAAGAAAAGAUUCAACGCAGUACCGCUGAAGUGGCUCAGCUACAGGAACAGCUCUCGAUGCAGACUGCUCGGGUGGACGCUAAUAUUGAUGCUUACCGUAGAAAACUUGAAGAUCUAGAAGAGAAACUAAAGCAAAGUCAGUUUAAAGAAUAUUUGGCACAGAACAACUACUCUCAAAGUCAAUACGAGAACAGAGUCGAACGUCCAUACUCUUCAAACACUUCGUAUUCUGAUGCGUUCUCGGCCGACUACAACUCUGUAUCAGAAAGUCCUAAGCCAACUCAAAGUCGAAUCCAAACGAUGUAUCCAAAAUCAUCAAAAACACCUGUACUACAAGUCAUGUACCGCGACUCAAAAACUACGAAAUUGCCGAACAACGACCAAAAAGGGCACUUUAAUAUCACGAAAAAGAGAAAAUUGUACAGUGACAAAGACUUUCUAAAUCAGUAACCAACAACUUAGCAUGUUUUUCUCUCAUGUGUAGCCCGUCCAAGGCUUUGUUUAAUUGAGCGAUUAAUGUUGCCUUUAAAAUAAACUGCACGUUCUAAGUUA